AUGCCCAUCCGCUAUUCAUACAAAGACAUCAAGAAAAUGACGAGUGGCUUUCGUGACAAACUUGGCCAAGGUGGCUACGGUUCAGUCUACAAAGGAAAGCUCCGAAGCGGCCAAACUGUGGCUAUCAAACUACUCCACAACAAAAACUCCAGAGAUAACGGACAAGACUUCAUCAACGAGAUUGCCUCCAUAGGGAGGAUCCACCAUGUCAAUGUGGUCAAACUCGUCGGGUAUUACGCGGGAAGACUAUCCAACAGACGAGCCCUCGUGUUCGACUUUAUGCCCAACGGCUCCCUCGAGCGGUACAUCUUUACCAGGCCAGAGGAAAGUCAGAACCUCCUUCUGAGCUGGGAGAAGAAAUACGAGAUUGCUAUUGGAGUGGCAAAGGGAAUAGAGUAUCUUCACCGAGGGUGCAACAUCCAAAUCCUUCAUUUCGAUAUCAAACCUCACAAUAUACUUCUCGAUGAAAAUUUCACGCCAAAAAUAUCAGAUUUUGGGCUCGCGAGAUUGUACGCCACCGAUGAAAAUACGGUGACUCUCACGGCCGCUCGGGGGACGAUAGGGUAUGUGGCUCCUGAACUCAUCAACAGAACUAUUGGAGGGGUUUCAUACAAGGCCGAUGUGUACAGCUUCGGGAUGCUGCUUAUGGAAAUGGUUGGCAUGAAUAGGAACAUAACAAGGAAUGACCAAGAAUCUAGCCAGUACUUCCCACAUUGGAUUUAUGAUUGGCUUGAUAAAGGCAAGGACAUCGAGACUGGAGAUGCAGAAAUCGAAUGUGAAACUGACGAGCAAGGAAAGGGAAUUGUAAGAAAGAUGACGGUGGUGGGUCUGUGGUGCAUACGAAUGAGUCCAACUGAACGUCCAUCGAUGAGUGAAGUGGUGAAAAUGCUCGAGAGUUCAAAUAUCGAGAAUCCGGCAAUCCCACCUAGGCCAUUCGAAUCGACUCAGAUUGUGAGGUAUAGUGAUGAUGGGUCGUAUGGAAUGGAAUCAACCGGUUACAUGACCUUUUCCGUUGAUGCUAGCUCAAUCGAGACCAAUAAGGAUGGCAAUUAG